UUUUGAGCACUGAGACAGGAACUCGAGCGAUGGCGAUAGAGCUCGCGUCAUGAUUCUGCACUGAUUCGACGUGAAUGGUUCGCGUUAUGAUUUGGUGCUGCUGUUGCAGCAUACCAAGUGGCUUAGCCAGCUCGCCGUGGUCCUUCUUGUAGUUUGUUAAUAGUGGAUAAUGGUUGAGUACGUGAUCCGUUUUUCAGUUCACGAUUGUGGCAGCUCAUUAGCAAUGGAGCAAGCUUGCUCGUGUUCUACUCUAGGGUUUGUUGCAGGGUUUUAAGGUGAAUCGAAGCAGGGGAGAUGGCAGGUUUGGAGAUCGAGAGGAUUGUGGAUGCAUUGUGGUUGCGGUGAAGUUGAGGGGGAAGGGGGGGGGGUAUCACAUCACUCCUAGAUGGGAUUGCGGGAGAAUUUUAAUCAAGAGGAACGAGGCCUCUGUAUGUGGCAUCACGAGUUCACAAUGCUUGGAGGUCACGAUGUUCCUGGUGCAGUCUCGAUGAAUCUUUCGAGUAAUGUGAUAGUUUAAAGUGGAGGGAAGGAUGAGAAUGUGGAAUUGAAGGAAACUUGCAAGGGAUCGAGGAUUUGGACAGUAGGGUUGAGUAAUUCAAGCAAUGGAGUAUUACGUAUAUGUAGACGAGGAGGUCCAUGGACUUAUCGAUGGUGCCAUGGAAGCUCGGUUUGAGAAUUUGGAACUAAUCGGCAAAGGAUCUUUUGGCGAUGUUUUCAGAGGAUUUGAUAAGGAGUUGAACAAAGAGGUGGCAAUCAAAGUCAUCGACCUGGAGGAAGCAGAGGAUGAAGUUGAGGACAUUCAGAAGGAGAUUUCUGUACUAGGUCAGUGUCGAUCACCUCAUAUCACAGAGUAUUAUGGGUCGUACUUACACACGACAAAAUUAUGGAUUGUCAUGGAGUACAUGGCUGGUGGCUCUGUAUCAGACUUGCUUGAGACUGGACCACCACUUGAUGAAGUUUCUAUAGCGUCCAUCUUACGAGAGCUGUUGCUGUCACUGGACUACCUACAUUCAGAAGGAAAAAUACAUCGUGAUAUUAAAGCGGCUAAUAUACUGCUCACUGCAAAUGGAGAUGUUAAGGUUGCAGAUUUUGGAGUUUCUGCUCAGCUGACUCGUACAAUGUCCAAACGCAAGACAUUUGUUGGAACUCCAUUCUGGAUGGCGCCAGAGGUCAUACAGAACUCUGGAGAUGGCUACAAUGAGAAGGCAGAUAUAUGGUCAUUGGGGAUCACCGCUAUUGAGAUGGCAAAAGGGGAGCCACCUUACGCAGAUCUGCAUCCUAUGCGUGUUCUUUUUCUUAUUCCUAAGAACAACCCGCCGCAGCUGGAUGAUCAUUAUUCUCGACCCUUCAAGGAGUUCGUAUCUUUCUGCCUUAAGAAAAACCCUUCUGAGAGGCCAAGUGCGAAGGAGCUUCUCAGACACCGAUUCGUCAAGAAUGCCCGAAAGAGCUCCAGACUUGUUGACAGGAUAAGAGAACGACCAAAAUCACAUGUUAGCAAGGCCAAGGAUACACCCAGACCAUCCGAAGCCUUUAAGAAUGAGUCUGACAGUAAGGGAGUGAGGAUGAGGAGCGACAAUGGUGUCUAUCCUCCCUUGAGCUCUCGACGUAGGGAUGCAAGUUGGGACUUUGGGACUGGCAGUAUACAUACUACUGGUACUCUCCGAAGCAGCUCAAAGACGUUUGGGCAAAUAGAUCAAGACAGGCCUCGAGGGACUGAUAAUUCCUUACAUCAAGGAAGCGACGUAUUGCCCACUCUUUUGAGCAAGGCAGAACUUGAUUAUCAAAUUGAUGCAGGACUGAGGGAUGCCAGUGUGGAUAUAAAUGCGCUUCGUAGAAAUAGUUUCGGCACGCAAAAAAGAUUAGAUGCAGAACCGUACUUUUCGAGAGAUCCUGGGCCCCAUGCAAGUGGUGAUAGCAGUAUGGAGGGAAGAUCUCAAGCACGACCAUUUCUAGGGUCACUGUCAGCUACUACGGUUAACACCACUGGAGGAUCAAGAAAUGAAGAAGCUUCGGAAGGUUUUUCAAGUGGGACUAUAGUGCGAAGCAGUACACCAGACGAGGGAGGCUCAAUCCCAGGAACUCCAAAAAUUAAUCUAGAAGCUCGAGAAGAUAGUGCAACAAAUCUUGCCGAGGCCAAAGCUGCCCUUCAAGCUGGAAUGAGGAAAGGAGGUCCAAAAGGUCCUACACCAGUGAAAUUACGGAAAGAUGCUCACGAGCAUUUAAGUGAUCCUCGAGAGACCCCAAAGGCAGCUUCUAGGCAGAGUAGACGGGCCAGUGAGGAGGACGUUGCCCGAGCCGCUGCAGCUGGUGCAUCGGCUGCCUUGACCCUUCUUCUAAUACCUGCUCUUAAAGAGCGUUUCAUGCAGACUGCAGCUGAGCAGUCGGAAGGGCCUGCUUUAAGAGCUGCAGCUGAUGCAGCGGACGCUUUGAUGGAUCUGGAGCGGCUGGCGCCAGGUGCUUGUGAAGUUCUUGUUAGCAAACUUCUAAGACAACUAAUCAGAAAAGACGAAGCUCCUGUGAAAGGUCUGCAGAGCCUAGCACGCCGGUUACUCUCAGAUAAUGGCGGUGAAAAAGAUGGACAUGUCCCAUCUUCGCACAUUCGUUCUGGGACUGCUAGACUUAGAUCUCAAAGGGACAAAAGUUACGAUUCGGGUUUGAGUCCAGUGGCCGCAUUCUUACUUCACAGGUGGCAAGGUCAAGUCUCAAAAGACCUAAAUUUUCGUCGCUAACAUCUCAUUUACAAGAUAUAGACGAGAUAUCAUCGACAUUGUAAUAGAGGCGUACUUGAGGUCCAUGUGGGUAUCACCACUGGGUUUCUUGCUGUUAUGUGUGUUUCUUAGUGCCCGCUGGUUUUGCUGUGGUCCUAUGUAUUGACAUAGUGAUUGUAAAAUAUGUAACCCUUAACUAUUAACAAAUUCCACAAUGAUUCAUAACACAUAGUUUUGUUGGCCCAUAAUGCCUCACCGUAGUUGCACAAUUUUCUUUAGUGUCCUUUGUCGUCUCUGGUAAUCAGGCUAGUGAGGUUGUCACUAAAAUAUCCAACUUAGUAGUACGAACUAGGGAUGCCUGCAAUAGGGUGGUUUUAAUAAAAGGUGUGGUUUUCGUCAGCGUCAAAUGUUGACAAAUCAUGCUAGUCUUUUUUGAA